CCAAAACAAGGAAGAAGUCUCUGUCUAAUGCUAUAAUCACACCAAGACGCGUCCACACACUUCAUCUUUUUAAAGGACGCUCCAUCUUGCAAUGAACACAUUGUCAACUUCUCCACACCCAGUAGACACGCCGGAGCCGAAAUGAAGGCAGGGGCUUCGUCCGUGUGGGCUUCAUGCUGUGGUCUGCUGAAUGAAGUUAUGGGUACUGGAGCCGUCAGAGGUCAGCAGCCAGGAUUCGGGGCCGGCGCUGGACCCUUUAGGUUUGCACCCAGUGCAGGAUACUCCACAUACCCGCCCACCAGCUCAGGGAGUCCCAGCCUUGUGUGCAAGUCCUGUGGUCUGGCCUUCUCAGUCUUCAGGAGGAAGCACAUUUGUAGCGACUGCAAGAAGAGCUACUGCUCUCUGUGCUCCGUGCUUCUGGAGAACGUGCGCAUCUGUGCCACGUGUCAUUUGCUGAAGGCAACAUCUUUCCAGCGGCCGCGGCUCAUGCGACUGAAGGUCAGGGACCUGCGGCAGUACUUGCUGCUCCACAACGUCCCAACAGACACCUGCAGGGAAAAAGAAGACCUGGUGGAGCUGGUGCUCCGUCACCAAGGCAGCAGAGGAGAGGACGAGCCUGACACAAGUAGCCUGCACUCGCGAUCCCUGUACACGCAGCCCCCUUCGACCACACAGUCUGCCUCGGAGCUGUCCGCACUCGCUGCCUCUCAAGAAGAACCUCUCAGCAGGAGUGAUAGUUCCGAUACCAACGAGGACAUUGGUGAUGCAACAUCAGUGUCACUCCUAAACUUGGAUCCUAGUGAUAACACACCUGAGACGAGUCCUCAGGCGCGCCGUCGGCUCAGAGCAUCUCUCACGGACAUCUCCAGCCUGAGGGACAUUGAAGGCCUCUCCGUCAGGCAGCUGAAGGAGAUCCUGGCUCGGAACUUUGUCAACUAUUCAGGGUGCUGCGAGAAGUGGGAGCUGGUGGAGCGAGUCAGCAGACUUUACAGAGAGACUGAGGAGAACAGGAAAUCGCUGGAAAAUGUGAGCAGUACUGUAACCAAAGGUAAGCGCCUGUUGGCCUUCCCCCCUCCUAUCUGCAAUGGGGCUAUUGGCGACGGCGAGAAGAAGCCGCUGAUGUUCCACGACGAAAACCUGUGCAGGAUCUGCAUGGACGCCGUGAUCGACUGCGUCCUGCUGGAGUGCGGCCACAUGGUGACGUGCACAAAGUGCGGCAAGAGGAUGAGCGAGUGCCCCAUCUGCAGGCAGUACGUGGUGCGGGCCGUGCACGUCUUCAAGUCCUAACGCACCUUACUUCCAUCAACGUUACAUAUUUAUUAAUGCUCCUCAUUGGAGAAAUGUCUUCUAUUCUUUACCUCCAGUCCAUUCACAUUAUCUCAGUAACAACCGACGGUACGCAAACGGUGCCAAACAGUGGGCGGAGCUUCUUUCAAACCCAUCACAUUCUUCCACUUUUCAGCAGGACGUUUUGCUCACUGCACUCCAGGAGCACCGCAGGAGGCUCAAACAGCAUGUUUACUAAUUAUUGAAUGCUCACGUUGUGUCCUGUAGCCCACUAACUCCAUGAAUGACCAAUAAAGGCAGUGUGUGUUUGCACUUUUCUCCAGAUCAUUACAGCAAUAUUCAUCUUCUCCGUUGUCGCCACACUGGAGACAAAACUCGGUGCUAAACCCACUUCACCAUCUUUGCUAUUUUCUAGUGCAACUGGAUAUAAUCUGAAUGUGUUUUGUCUACUGUCAGAAGUGGAAUGAAGUGUAUUAUUUUUUUAAUGUUCUGUAAGGAUUCAAAGAUAAAUGUUAAGUGAUAUAACUUGCUAAUGUACAUUAUAAUGCGUAUGAGAUGUAAAUAGCUAUAAAUAUUAUUUUUCCAUAUGAUUUCACUUGUGUAUAGUAAAAUGAUUGACAUGUCCCUUGAAAUGGAAUUACUGUUUUUCUUGAGUGGAUAUAAUCUGCUUGUUUUUUUUCCUUCCACCCUUUUUAACCUCUCGGAAUUCCACGUUAUCCAGCUCUGAACUUUUAUUACCUCCACAAAUGCUGCUAUUAGACAUUACUAACCCUUUUAACCGCAUCAGAGCAGGUCGCACUUUUCCUUUGGAUGGCAACCAUUUUUGUCUUUGUAUUUGGGACUGUUUUAUUUUAAUAAUUAAAGACUUUAAUUCAA